AUGAAUAUGUUGGAUGAUGAAGAUGACCAAAGCUUUCGCGCUACGCGUGACGGCUACUCCCAUUUGAGCGAUGUCGAAUGGGAUGCGGUUGAACGGAUGGGUUCAACCAUGGGCAUCCAUGCUAUUAGCGUCAUGCUAGAGGCUCUCAAUAGAGAUGCCCAACAUGCUACUAUCGCCAAGUUCAUUCAAAAUGAACUUGACGCUGAACGCAAGAAAGUAGCCUUGCUCCACCAACAAGGUUCUCAACAAGCAGAGUUGUUGAGAGAACAGGGUGCUCAACAAUUUGAACUGUUGAGACAGCAGCAGGCUGCUGCUGGUGGGUCGAUGCACUCGCGUCGACCCGAGACCUUGAAGAUUGACAUCUCCAAGUAUAGGGGAGUCGAAGAGGACUCCCUCUUGAGAUGGUUCGUCGAAUUGGAUGACGCCAUAAGGGCGCGUCGCAUCGACGACGGGGAUAUGCAAGUUGCAUUUGCCCAGUCAAAUCUGGCAGGACGUGCCAAGACUUGGGCACUGGGGCUCAAGUUGCACGACCCAUACGCGUUUGGGUCGUUAGAAGUCUUCAUGUCGCGGCUUAGACAAACGUUUGAACCGCCUAGAGCUGAGUUCAGAGCUCGAACUAAACUCUUGAAGCUCAAACAGGGUAAGCGUGAUGUGCACGCUUACGCACAACAUAUACGACAUCUCACGAGUUGUAUAAGUUCCAAUCCGGUGGAUGAACAUACGUUGGUUUCGGUGUCCAUGCAGGGUCUUUCGGAUGGUCCCGUCAAGACUCACCUGUUCCGGCUUGAACUAGAUUCACUAGAACAAGCCAUAUCCAUCGCGGAACAGGAAGACUUCAGUCUAAGACAGGCUCGCGACAGCUCGACAUCAUAUCGUCAAACGAGACGAUAUGACAGCGGAGGUCCAGAGCCGAUGGAACUCUGUUAUGUAGAGAGCGAGAAGGCUCGCUCUACAGACUACAAGAAGUUGCAGAGAUGCAACAGACAGGACACUACGAUUACGAGUGUAGUGCCCCUCGUCCAGUGUCUCGCAACACUGGGCGUAAUGACCAUCCACCCAUGA